AUGUGCCUUUUAACCGUUAUCGAAUUUUGAAAGAAACGAAAAUGAAUUUUUAUCUAUCAUCAAAUAGCUAGACAUUCAGCUGUUCUUUAUAAGCUAUCGUUAAUCUAGCUUGCGUAGCCAACUGUAUAAUUUAACAACUGUAUAUACUGUAUAGUUUUUCUAACAAAAAAGCAUAGUAUUAGUCAAAAGAAAUGCUUAAUAUCACCAAAGAGAGACGCCCGGAGGAUAAGCCUGAUAUACAUGUGUACCGAUUUGGUAAACUUUUUUAAAGGUAGUUUUAAAUUAUGGUUCCUACAAUGUCGUAGUUGAAAGAAAUUGUGGCAAGUUAAAUGCAGCAAGCAUUUCUCAAAAUGUAUUACGUGAGUUAUUUUAAACAUAGUUUUACAGGUGUAAGUAUACUAUUCAUUGUCUCGAAAUGGAUUUGUAAGUUUUAAUUGUCGUGGCAUCAAGCGGUCGAGCUGACAGGGUAACGGGGGAAUUACUUGUAAAAAGACUGGAAAAUGUUUCGUGCAAUGCAUAAUAAUUAUAUGGACAAUGCAUGCUCUGUAUUAAAACCACUCGUUGACUCCGAGGCUUAAUCUCAGUGACUAAGGCAGAUAAAAAGAUAGCUAGUUAGAUAAUAUGGACCUAAUGCAAAAAGGCUGUCAAAAACAUAAACAAAACGGAAAUUUAAACAUGGAGCCCGCAAGGGACGAUGCGUUGUAUUGUAAAGCAAAUGCUGUGUUGGAUAAGCGUUUAUCAUAAAGCCUGCUACGUGAUCGUUUGACUGAGCUGAUGACUACGCGUGGCGUGUAUAACACACUGUCAGGUUAUGUAUAUAGCCAAUCUCUACGAUGAGUCUUUGCUGCAGAAUUAAACGCGCGUGACCGUUAGAUAAAUCGUGGUUGCAAUAAAUUUGUAUGCUCUUAGAAUGUGGAUAAAUUAUUCAUUGAAUUUCUGAGUAAGAAUUUCAUUCCUAAAUUUAAACUUUAAACAAUGUCGCGCCUAUACAAUGGAUUUCACAUUACAGUAGUUUAAUUAUUAUAUAGCUGAGGUGAAGCGGGGUUUACUAAAUAUCUCUCAGCAAAUAUAGAAGAUGUUUGGUUAUUUUUACACUACUAUUCUUCGCUGGUUCCAUGUUUUAGGUCAACAUUUUUUAAUUAUCUGCAUCCUUCUAAUCGGGAUUACCAGUGGUACACCUUCGCUUCGGACUAUAUUAUUAUGCUCCUCCUAUGUAAUCUCGUAUGUAACAUGAAGUAAGAGGUAUAUAAGACUAAACACAUAACUUACGGAUAUCACGGGUUUUUUGUAGCAAGCAUGAACAAUACGCUACUAGCACAUUACGUCAAAGACUGCUCCAUUCUCGGCUAUGCAUAUCUAAUAAUCGUGGACUUUCCUUCCAGUGAAUACAACCACAACCAAGUUGUCACAUCCGUUAUGAACUGCGUUCUAACGAUUCCUGUCAUAGCUUUAAAUGGUAUAACCGUUCUUACACUCUGGAAAAAUCGAUUUCUGCUUCUAAAAGUUUCCAACAUCCCGGUCCUUAUUCAAUCUAUAGCAGACUUGGCUGUCGGAUUGCUUACUCUCCCUUUAUUCGCGUUCCUUCACCUAACCGAGGUUUUUGGGAGGCCUGAUUGCGCGUUAAGUUUUGCAUUCUCUUCAGCGGCAUUCAUACCAUGGGGAUUAUCCCUUGCCGCAUUAUGCGCACUAACGUUAGAGAGAUACAUCAGUGUCGUACAUCCAAUUUUUCAUCGAAACCUUCUUACAAAGAAAACGUUUUUCGCCUACAGCUUCAUUGCGUCAUUCGUAACGUUGGUCAUAGUACCUUUAGCGGUAGCUUCAGCAAUCUUCUAUUACAUAUUUUGCGGAGUUUACGCAAUAGUUCCUGUGCUACUGCAUGCAUUUUGUUACAUAAGAAUACUGCGUUCAAGAAGGAAACUUGUACCGGCAAACAUGACCCGUAAUGAAAAGGGAAAGUCUCUGAAAGAAUUAAAGCUUACCAAGUCUUGUGCACUGGUUGUGCUUACGUUCUAUGUUUGCUGCAUCCCUGGAGAGAUUCUCAACUUGUAUUAUCUUUCGAACAUAAUAAUAUAUCGAGUUGUGAUCUCUUGGUACUGCGUAGCACUUGGGAUCAACACAGUUCUCAAUUCCGUGAUAUAUUUCUGGACUAGACCAGCCUUAAGAAAAGAAGCCAUUAAAGUUGUUAAUAACUUCUGGACUGCAUGAGGCUUUCGAAACAACUACAACGUGUGAAAAAAACUUGAAUAAAACUUUUAAAUUAAUCCUAGUUAACUAAGAAAUAAACAACUCUGAUUGGCCAAUUCGGUCAAAAGUUAAACUAGCCUUUUGUACAACUAGCCCCUGAUCGAUAAAAGCAUGCUGUCCUCGUGCUUAGCUGCUGUACAUGUGUACAAUAGUAUAAUGUUGUAAAUAAUACUAUUGUUAAAUUACGUUACACCUAGGCCUAAUGAGAAGUAAACGUAAGCAUCCCCCUCCGUAAUUUAAUUUAAUGCAGUACAAAAAUUAUGCAUACAAUAAAUAAUAGUAUCAGUAAAAAUGUUCAGGGUAAUGUUCGGUGGUUCCAACAUUUGGUCGUAUGAGGAAUGAACAGUAUAAAAAAUAAGGCAAUAGUUGGUUAAUUUGCUACAUACAUGCGUGCUUGGUUAUGCACGAAUAUUUCGUGCAGACAACGAAUUUUCUUUUAAUUGAUUAAUUAAAGCAUUUUUAUUACUACACGCCUACGAACGCUCAGGUUGAUGCAGGUUGAUACGGGCGGGAUGGGGCAAUUUUGUGCUGCCCACGUUGUUCAGAGUUGUUAUCGGCAUUGAACGAUAUUGUUGAAACUGAAUCGGGUGUAACAAUAUUGUUCAAUAUUGAUAACAGCUCUGAACGGUGUGGGCAGCACAGCAUUGCUGCAUCCUGUUUGUAUCAGCUUGCAUCAGCCUGAGCGUUUUUACGCGUGUAUAUGGCGAUUUGUUGAAAAGGUCCGAAGGACGAGACUAGUACUUUUAAUCGCCUUACCUUUUAUCUCUUUAUCUUUUUAUUGUACAUAGUGUCGAAAGUUAACAAUAUAUGUAUUGAGAUAUUAUUAUGAGCAUUUAUAUUAGAAUCAUGAAUGCAAUAAUGGUAACAUGAAUAUGUAAUUAUAUAAUAACGCUCUAUUUUCCUUCUCUUAAAAAAUGAACUAGAAAUACUGGCAUUUAUUAAACAAGGAGGAAUUUAGUUUUGAACUAAAGUCAGCAAACUCGUUCACAUUUUUCAAGCGACGUUAACUAUAUUUUUAUGUAAAAAUUUAUGUAAGAAGAAAAUUUUAAAAAAGUGUCCGCUUUGCACCGUCGACUCCGACAUCCUUUGUGACGCAGUUUUUGAAUUCGACCAAUUAUUUUUGCCCCUCUUGAUAGCCCAUUAAUUUUGAGAUCAGUUGUAUGAUAACUUUUAUAGCCUUGCGCUUGCGAUGAUUGAUGAAAUUCGGCCGGGUAAAUAGCAGAGCGGAAUCAAUACCCUUGCCCAAAAAAGGUCAGGCUUCCGCCCAAAUAAUUAUAUGAAAAUUAUGCCACUGAAUAUAUUAUUAGCUUGCAAGCAGAUUUCACUUGCUAUGGAAUAUACUCAAUAUCGAUUCAAUAUACACCUGCGAUGUAGACGUUUUUAUUGCCAGCUGAAGCUUUUGACAAGUUCCUCGCAAUAUAUGCAUUUCAAGUGGCUUAAAGAUGACACAACAAUUUUCUAUUAAUUGUCGCAGAUUAUAUCAAUUGUCACAAAUUAUAGUAAUUACCACAAUUAUAUUCCCGCCUGCAUCUCUGAUGUGUGAAACACCUCUUCGCCGGAAAGCGACAUUCUAUUUGAACGUAAGUAUCUUUUAACUCCUAAUAUUUGCCGUCCAUAUUCAUUUAACAAACAUUGCGAGAAUAAAAAAAUGUCGCUAAAGAGGUAAUGGAUUUUUCUUCCGAACUGCGAUUGAACUAACUAUAGCGAUAAUUUUGUGACACAAUGGGCAUCAUGGGGAUUCUGUCGUAAGCUUAAUUGGCUAUAUUGCUGGACGCCACGAGGACUGCAACAUAUAUAAGAUUUCGAUAUCCUUUGUACAACUAUAGUCGAUGAUUUCGAGGAUUAAAGAUGGUUCGUAAUGCGAUUCGAGAAAUAACGUUGUGGCUCAUUAUUGCCUAUUUUUCAGAGAGCCUGAGCUUAAAUGAAACAAGCGACGUAUACGUGCUGGAAUACCCAGGACCCACAAAAUGUAUUUUAGCCGGGGAAAAACUCGAGCUUCAGUGGAAAUAUCAAGUGAAUAUGGCGACUAAGUGGAGAAUUAGCCUGUACGAAUACAAUUACACCAGUGCCACCAAAACAAAGCUUAUAAUGUUACUUCAAUCGGGCAUCACAGUUACAAAUCCAAAUUACCUCGACCUUGCAUUUCGGAUGUUUGAUAUGGAACUUUCUUACGAUAAAGCUAGAAUCUCCGUGCCGACAACGAAAUUCCGCGACUACGACGGUUAUGGAAUACUUUUUGAAUCGACUGGUGCGAACGACGACCUUCGUACGCAUUUAGAACGGUUCACUGAAAUCAAUAUUAU